CAAAAAACAAAGCCUUGUAGUGAACGGUUCAAUUCGGCAUCGCACCUCGGUAGCAACAGAACUAAGCGAAAUUCUGGUUUAUGUAGAUAGCUGAGCUAUGUCGUACAAUUGUUUAGAAGCCAGUAACAUCAAAAUGAAGAGUGACUAAACGAUGUAACAGUCAUGACUCAAAAGCCACUCUUGUUCGGUGCAAUAUUAUCGUAUGCUGGCCUAACGGCUAUAGGACAGAUAGUGCAGCUGUUGCUGCUUAGUUCGAGCACGUUUUUCAUGCAUGAAUUGGCAGAUCCUGUGCGGGGGGCAAACGACCUCUGGUUUGAUCUCUGAGCUCGUGGCCUAGGACAUUGGAAC